GAGGGACCUGCAAAGAAAAGAGAACUGUAAACAGGUCUCUGGCACCAGCAAGUAAUGGCUUCACCCGGAGGCAAAGGCAGCCGCGGUGACACUUCCUCAAAGUGAAAGCGAAAGAGAAGCAGGCCAAGGACAGAAGAGAAAGCGGCAGGCUGAGGGCCCGCCUGGUCUCGGAGAGCCCCUCUGCCGGCCGGGACCUUGCCGGCGGCCGGCCGCGGAGAAGGGGCGGCGCGCGGGCCGGAGCGCAGCUUUCAUGGGCGCCGAGGGCGGGUGCCUGCUGCUCUGCCUGGCCCUCUUGGCGGCGGCCGAGCCCGCAGAAAGGCAGUGGCGGGCAGUGGACGUGGUCUUAGACUGCUUCUUGGCGGAGGAAGGUGGGCGGCAGCAUGGAGCUUUUGCCAGCAGUGGGAACAUGGUGAAGGCCUUGCUCGUGCUGAGGCAGGUGCCAGUGCUGGAUGAUGGCUCCCUGGAAGGCUUCACUGAUUUCCAAGGGGGCACAGUGGCCAAAGACGACCCACUUGUUACCUUCGAGGCCUCAGUGAACCUGGUGCAGAUCCCCCAGGCUGAGGCCUUGCUCCACGCCGACUGCAACGGGAAGGACGUGACCUGUGAGAUCUCCCGCUAUUUUCUCCAGGCCAGACAAGAGGCCACUGUUGAGACAGCAGCUUGGUUCAUCACCAAUGUGCAGGUGUCUGGAGGGGGACCUAGUGUCUCCAUGGUGAUGAAGACUCUUGGGGAUACUGAGAAUGGGGCUCUCCGGCACCACAGAUGGAACUUGCCCCUGGGCCCCCAGGGGACCGUGCAGACUGCAGUGGAGUUCCAGGUGACAACACAGACCCCGUCCCUGAAUUUCCUGCUGGGGUCCUCAGCCUCCCUGCACUGUGGCUUCUCCUUGGCCCCAGGCUUGGAUCUCACCAGCGUGGAGUGGCGCCUGCAGCAUAAGGGCAGUGGCCAGCUGGUAUACAGCUGGACCCCGGAGCAGGGGCAGGCCAAGAGGGAGGGCGCUACCCUGGAGCCUGAGCAGCAACUCAUGGCUGGGGAUGCCUCCCUCACCCUACCCAGCCUCACUCUGCAGGACGAGGGGGCCUACAUUUGCCAGAUCACCACCACUCUGUACCGAGCUCAACAAAUCAUCCAGCUCCACGUCCAAGCUUCCCCCAAAGUACGACUAAGCUUGGCAAACGAGGCUCUGCCACCCACCCUCACCUGCACCGCUGCUGGCUAUUACCCUCUGGAUGUGACUGUGACAUGGACCCGAGAGGAGCCGGGGGGAACCCCGGUCCCAGUCUCUGGUGCCUCCUUCUCCAGCCUCCGACAAAGCGCAGCGGGCACCUACACCAUCUCUUCCUCCCUGAUAGCAGAACCUGGCUCUGCAGGCGCCACCUACACCUGCCAGGUCACCCACAUCUCUCUGGAAGAGCCCCUUGAGGCCAGCACCUCGGUUGCCCCACCAGAGCAGAGGAUGGCCUUUGGAAUCCUUGUGGCCAGCAGCCUCUUCCUUCUUGCACUGUUGUUCUUGGGGCUUCAGAGACGGCAAGCUACCUCACCAAGGUCUGAGGCCCUCUGGGUAGACACUCUCCUGCCUCACAGUAAAAAGGAAGAGUAGUCACGUUCUCCCAGGAGGACUCUAAACCAAGUCCCAGAGCUCAAAAAGGCCCCAAGAAAGGGAUGAAGAAGGCACAGAUCAUGGGGGCCCUGGCUCUGGGUAUGUGCAGGCGUCUGCCUUCCCUCAGUGUGUCCCUGGGCUGACCACCAAGGAGAAAACACGAAGAGACAAGAGGGCGGCAGGAAGGCAGGAUGUCUCGGUGGUUAAAACACGAGCCAGAUUUGAGGUGUGAUGGUAGGAAAAGAAAAGGGGAAAAAAUUAUGAAAGGAACAAGUGAGGGACGGGGGCAAGACGGUGAGGGUUGGGCCACUGCACCCAAAUAUUGAACUCUGUCCAAAUAAAAGCCCCCUGUGGCCUUGGAGACAAAG